AUGAAUAGCAACCAACAAAUCCCAAAGAUAAUACCUAUUGUUCCUAUUAAGAACAAAGUUCUUCUUCCCGGCUUAGUUCUUCGUUUUCAAGUCGGACGUAAAGAUACCGUACAGUUGAUGCAAAAAAUAUAUAGAGCUACCGACAACCGAGAGUCAAAGCACAUUGUUGGUUGCAUUCCCCUCAAACCUCCUCCAGUCAGCGAAAAUGACGAUGUUGCAGUAAAUAAAUCUAGCUCAACGCUACCUUUCAAUCCACUUUCUUCGAAUUCUAAAAAAGUGACUGAAAACAAGAAUGUAAAUGACUCAUCCUCUCUUAGUCUUACUCAGCCUUCUGAUCUGCAUCAUUUCGGCUGUGCUGCUCGUAUAGUUCGGCUUGAAAAAACUGUUGGAGGAGGAUUCAUGGCUGUGGUUGAAGGUAUUGUUCGUAUACGAGUCGAUUCUUAUGUAAAAUUGGAGCCUUAUUUGGAGGCUGAAAUUACUUCAUUCCCAGAACCAGUCCUUCCAAAAGAUGAUCAAGAAUUGCAGGAUCUUGCAAUCUCUCUGAAAUCGACUGGUCGUGAGUUACUAUCCAUGCUUCAAGAUCUUAAAUUGCCCACUCCGUUACUCACCCAGCUUCAAAAGUUUAUUGAUGGUGCAGCUGCUGGUCCGUUGGCCGAUUUAUUAAUUAGUACGUUGGAAUCGACGUAUGAAGAGAAACUACACAUUUUGGAUGCUGUGGAGCUAAAAACCAGAAUGUUACGAGCUAUUGACCUUUUGACGCGACAGAUUCACAUUCUUAAAAUAUCGCAGAAAAUUCAUUCGACAGUCGAAGGAAAAUUGAGCAAAAAACAGAGAGAAUUUUACCUUCGUCAGCAGAUGGCAGCCAUUAAAGAUGAAUUAGGAGAACGAGAUGAUUCUUCGACUGAAGAUGAUGAUGUUACUGACUUGGCUAAACGACUUAAAGAAGCAGGACUUUCACCUGAAGCUGAAAAAGCUGCACAACGGGAAUUAAAACGUAUAAAACGUAUGCACCCAACACAAGCAGAAUAUCAAGUUGUUCGUACUUAUCUUGAAUGGCUAUCUGAAAUUCCAUGGAGUAAAUUUACAUCGGAUAUAUUGGACAUUGAAAAAGCGCGGCAACAAUUAGAUGAUGAUCAUUAUGGGCUUCAAACAGUCAAGAAACGUGUGUUGGAGUAUCUUGCCGUGCUUAAACUCAAAGAGGAUAUGAAAGGGCCAAUAUUAUGUUUAUUGGGUCCUCCUGGUGUGGGGAAAACCUCACUGGGUAAAAGUAUUGCAAAUGCACUUGGCAGGAAGUUCCAUCGUAUUUCAUUGGGUGGGGUAAGAGAUGAAGCUGAAAUUCGAGGACAUCGGCGCACUUACAUAGGUGCUAUGCCUGGAUUGAUUGCACAAGCCUUGAGGCGAGUUGCUGUUAGCAAUCCUGUGAUUUUGCUAGAUGAAAUCGAUAAAGUUGGACAUCUUAGCAAUCACGGUGAUCCUUCAGCCGCUUUACUCGAAGUUCUUGAUCCCGAGCAAAAUAACUCCUUUAAUGACCAUUAUCUAAAUGUUCCGCUAGAUUUAUCAAAAGUGCUCUUCAUAGCAACAGCAAACAAUGUAGAUAGUAUAACAGCACCUUUGCUAGAUCGUAUGGAACUUAUAUCACUGCCUGGAUACACAUUUGACGAGAAAAUAAAUAUAGCUCAACGGCAUUUACUACCAAAACAAAUUGCCUCUCAUGGUCUUGGACCAGGUCACGUAAAAAUUAGCGAUGAAAUUAUGCUCAAGAUCGCAAGUGGAUAUACACGUGAGGCAGGGGUGAGAAGUUUGGAACGGGAAAUUGCCGGCGUUUGUAGAUCUAAAGCGGUAGAAUAUGCAGAUGCCAAGGAUAAAAGUAAUGUUGAGAAAUAUAAUGGCGAAAUAGAGCUUGGAGAUUUAGAAAGGAUAUUAGGGGUAGAAAAAUAUGAAGACGAAGUAGCUGAACGUGCAUCUAAGCCUGGCGUGGUAACUGGUCUCGCAUGGACUUCGUCUGGUUCGGGUGGUAUUUUGUUCAUAGAAGCAACACAGAUGGCAGGAAAGGGUAACUUACAAUUGACAGGCAAAUUAGGUGAAGUAAUUAAAGAAUCAGCACAAAUAGCUUUAUCAUGGGUCAGAACCCAUGCUUAUCAUCUCGGCAUAACAACAACGUCAACAGAAUCGUUGUAUUUCUCCGAACGGGACAUUCACAUACAUUUUCCCGCCGGAGCAAUUAAUAAAGAUGGACCAUCUGCUGGUGUAGCACUCGCCACUGCACUUGUAUCAUUAUUCACCCACAAGCGAGUUCAACCUACCACCGCAAUGACCGGUGAAAUCACAUUACGCGGUCAAGUAUUAUCAGUUGGUGGAAUAAAAGAAAAAGUAAUCGCCGCCCAUCGAGCCGGCAUCAAAAGAGUAAUCUUACCUGUGGGAAAUAGGAAAGAUGUGCAAGGGGAUGUACCCGAACGAAUUAGAAAAGACAUUGAGUUCGUAUAUGCGAAAAAUGUGUUUGAGGUUCUUUCUUCAGCAUUUGAAGGACAACAAGUUUGGAUUGGACCGAUAGUAGAAAUGGAAAGUAGAUU